AUGCAACAAGAGGAGGAGCAGGGAGUGGCGGCCACUGCCGUGGCGUCGCAGGUGCCGGCCGAAGAUGAAGAGGAAGACCUGCUGGACGUGAAGGCGGAGGAGUUCCGCGAGUUUGCCAAGUACGUGGAGGACAACCUGCGCACGCAGGUCGAUCGUGAGUGCACGCAGUCGGGCCAGGAGGCCGUCGACUUCCUCGCCGAACUCGCCGACGCGCCGGACCUGGUGGCCGACAAGACAGACGAGGACGCCCGCGGGCUGGGCCAGCUGCUCGCCGAGUCGUCGCUCCACCCGACAGCCGCGCACCACGCCUGCAAGGCCCUCUUUGAUGCCGGCUACCUACGAUUCCUGAUGACGACCAACGUGGACGGGCUCCACAGGCGCAGCGGGUUCGUGCGAUCGGAGAAUCUCGCCGAACUGCACGGCAACAGCUUCGUCGAGGAGUGCGGCGAGUGCGGUGCGGUAUUCGACCGAGACUACGUCGUGCGCACGGCCAAACGGAUCUACGACCACCACACCGGGCGGACGUGCGAGAAGUGCGGCAAGCAGGCCCUGCGCGACAUCAUCGUCAACUUUGGCAACACGGUCGAGCACGUGCCCUCCAUGGAGAGUCAAUACGACCUCGCGUGGGUGAACUCGAUCAAGGCCGACCUGUUCCUCGUGCUCGGCUCUUCCCUCUCCGUGCCCACCGCAUGUGAUCUGCCGGACUACUGUGUGGAGAAGGGCGGGAAGGUGGUGAUUGUCAACAAGCAGCGCACGCCCAAAGAUGGUUCCGCCGCGCUGCUCAUCCACGCGCCGUGCGACACCGUGAUGUCUCUCCUUCUGGGCGAACUCAACCUUCGCGCCUAA